AUGUCAUUGGAAAAACUAAUUUUGAAUGAGGGAUAUGCUAACAUUAAAUGUCUUCACUACUGGCACCCAAAGUAUAGUUUUUCUAGAGGUUUAAGACCCCUUAAUUGUGAUGCUGAUGUAGUUAAGUUUGUAGAGGAUGUUAAGGGUUUUGAACUGGUUGAUGUAUAUGUAGAGCAUCUAGUUGAGGAACCUGAAUUGGUUGAUGAAGCUGAAGUUGUACAAGAUUAUCAUGAGGGAGAUAAUGUUGGGGCUGAAGAGAUGCAAGAAGGAAAUGAUGUUGGGGCUGAAGAGAUGCAACAAGGAAAUGAAGAGAUGCAAGAAGGAAAUGAAGAGAUGCAACAAGGAAAUGAUGUUGGUGCUGAAGAGAUGCAACAAGGAAAUGAAGAGAUGCAACAAGGAAAUGAUGUGGGUGCUGAAGAGAUGCAACAAGAAAAUGAGGUGGGUGCUGAAGAGAUGCAAGAAGGAAAUGAGCAUGGUGCUGAAGAGAUGCAAGAAGGAAAUGAUGCUGACAAUGAAUCUGAAGAUCCUGACUUUGUAGGUGCUGAAAGUGAUCAUGAAAGUAGUGAGUAUGAAUGUGAUGAAGAGGCCAUUGACUUCGAUUUGACCACAAUAUACCACACUCCUAACAAGCCAUAUGCUCAAGAAGAAGUUUGUGAUUCUGAUCAACUUCAUACACCUCCAGAAAGUGGGGAUGAUGCUGAACAUGAAAAGUAUCCAACUUAUAGAAGUGGUGAGGGAGUCAACUUUCAAUUGGGAAUGGUUUUUAACAGCAAAAGUAUAGUGAGGGAAGCAGUUAGGGAGUAUGGAAUGGAGAAGAAUAAGAAUAUAUUCAUAAAGAAGAAUGAUGCAAAAAGAAUGGUUAUUCUUUGCAUGGAAGGGUGUAAAUUUUACAUGAGGAUUAGCAAGAGGGUUGGGAACCAGUUUUGGCAAGUUGUGAGCCUAGUUGAUGAACAUACAUGCUACAGGACUCCAAACAAUAGGCAGGCAAAGACAGAAUGGUUGGCCAAGAAAUUUUCACAUAUUCUUAGGCAUAACCCUGACAUGAAACCUGCUGGGUUGGUUGCUGAGAGUAUUGAGAGAUGGGGUGUGAAGUUGUCACAUGAUCAGGCAUAUAGAGCCAAGAGAAGGGCAAUGGAUUUAAUCCAAGGAGCUAGUAUGGACCAGUUUUCCCACUUAAGGAGUUAUGCACAAGAGUUGCUGAACUCAAACCCUGGUAGCAAUGUUGUGUUGCAGUGUUCUGACUCUUCUGAAGGCCCUGUAUUUGAAAGAAUUUAUGUUUGCUUAGAGGCCUGCAUUUAUGGUUUUGGAAAGUUUUGUAGACCACUCAUAGGAUUGGAUGCUUGUUUCUUGAAAGUGGACUUUGGAGGGCAAUUGGUAGCAGCUGUUGGGAGGGAUGGGAAUAACCAAAUAUUCCCAAUUGCAUAUGCUGUUGUUGAAGCUGAAACUAAAGACUCAUGGGAGUGGUUCCUAAAUCUGCUCAUGGAAGACUUAGGAAAGAUCAGUAACAGGGCUUAUGCUUUUAUCUCAGACCAGCAAAAGGGUCUGGUUCCAGCUGUUCAGAAGAUCAGUGAACAUGUGGAGCAACGUCUAUGUGUCAAACAUCUUUAUGGUAACUGGAAGAAGAAGUAUCCUGGGCUACAAUUGAAAGAGGUUCUUUGGAGUGCAGCAAGGGCUACAACAAUUCCAUCUUGGGAGAGGGCUAUGCUGAAGAUGAAAACCAUGAAUACAUCAGGUUGGAAUGACAUGAAGGAUACCCCUGCACAACAUUGGAGCAGGUCACAUUUUAGGACUUAUUCUAAAUGUGACCUACAGGUAAAUAACAUGUGUGAGGCUUUCAAUAGGGCUAUCCUAGAAUAUAGAGAUAAGCCUAUAAUCACUUUGUUAGAAGGCAUUAAACAUUACCUAACCAAGAGAAUUACUACUCAAAAAGAGUUGAUGAAUAAUUACACUAGUGAUAUCUGUCCAAGAAUACAGUUGGUGCUUGAGAAGAAUAAGAAACAUGCUGAACAUUGGACACCUACUUGGUCUGGUGAUGAUGACCUAGCCAUAUAUGGUGUGACAAAUGGAAAUGAAACUUAUGUUGUUAACCUAAAGGAACACACUUGUGCAUGCAGGAAGUGGCAAUUGACUGGAAUCCCUUGUAGUCAUGCCAUUACUUGUAUUUGGCAAACCAAGAGAAAUCCAGAAGUGUAUGUUUCUAACUACUACAGUAAGUCCACUUUCAAGAACACUUACUCUCACAUAGUGUACCCUACAAAUGGGCCUCAGCUAUGGCCUGUGGAUGGCCAAUUGUCAAUCAACCCACCAGUGAUGAGGAGGGCAAUUGGUCGUCCCAAAAAGAUGCGAAACAAGGUCAAUGAUGAGCCUAGGAAUCCACAUGUUCUUCCCAGAAAACUAACUACAGUGACUUGUCACAAGUGUGGAGGUAUGGGACACAACAAAAGAUCUUGCAAGGGGAAGAGGGGUGCUGAUAUUGCAAUUCCAAAAGGUGGAAACAAGAAAGCUAAGAAAACUGCUCCAACAGGUGGUGGAAAACAGAAACAGGACAAGGCAAAGAAGACUGCAUCAACAAGUGUUAGCAAGACAAAACAGCCAAGAGCAUCUGCUGGUCAAACAAUUGCUGAAGAGUGUGGAACAUCAUCACAAGCACCACCACAAUCUCAGCAAACUCAGCAAUCAGAAUGCUAG